AUGUCAAUCACAGCCGGGUCGUUUAUUGACCUAUAUGGCCCCCCUGAUCUCCAAGCCAGUCCGACAUAUUCCGUGGAUCCGACCGUUGUUGAAUUACGGGAGGCAAAUAAGGAGAGUUUUGAUGUAGUUGUCACUAGCUUCUUUUUGGACACUGCUAGUAAUAUUAUUGAGUAUAUUAAGGCAAUUAGUUAUUGUUUGAAGAAAGAUGGGAUCUGGAUCAAUUUUGGUCCAUUAUUGUGGCAUUUUGAAGGUGAUCAUAAUGUAACUAUGGGAGAAGGAAAUGUUCCAAUUAUUAGAAAGGGACUUGAAUUAUCUAGAGAUGAUUUAAUAGAAUUGAUAGAAAACCUUGGAUUUGUAUUUGAGAAGCGUGAAUCGGGGAUUGAGAGUAGUUAUUGUCGUGAUAUUAAAUCUUUGGGAUGUAAGAGUAAGGUUACACUUAAGACCCAUACAUCCUUUUGCAUUUAUUUAAUCUAA